GUAAAGAAACUCAGUGGAGCAACCUCAUCAAGGCGCAAAGGCAUCCCGGGGCCACUUCACCUGUGUGAUGACUUAACUGCGUGAAAUCCGACUCGUCCGACUCGCAGAAGCAGUUCGGAUGCUCAGUGCGCCGCGGUGUGCCCUGCUGCUAAGCUGACGCGCAGAAAAAGCUGAAACUGCAGAUAGGACAAAAAAAAAAAAAAGAAAGAAAGAAAGAAAGAAAAAAAAAAAGGAAAAAACAUUUUGAGCUCUGUGUGGUGAACUCCCGCUUCCAUCCGCAGCGGGGUUGGAUCCGACGCACCGACUUGUUGCCCCCGCUGAGCUCUGAGGGGCCCUCGGCUGUUGUGUUGCGUGUCCGACAUACAAGUCAGCGGCAGGACUUAAAAGCCCGCUGUAAGGAUGAUGUCCUACAUAAAGCAACCUCAUUACACCAUGAACGGGUUAAAUUUGCCUGGCCCCGGGAUGGAUGUGCUACACACAACCGUCGCUUAUCCAUCCACUCCCCGGAAGCAGCGCAGAGAGCGCACCACCUUCACCCGCACACAGCUGGACAUCUUGGAGGCGCUGUUCUCCAAGACCCGCUACCCAGACAUCUUCAUGAGGGAGGAGGUGGCCCUCAAGAUCAACCUGCCCGAGUCACGUGUGCAGGUUUGGUUUAAAAACCGCCGUGCCAAGUGCCGUCAGCAGCAGCAGCAGAGCAGUGGCCAGUCCAAGCCCCGCCCUCCUAAGAAGAAGGCUUCCCCGGUUCAGGAACCCAGCAUCCCUGAUCCUGUUCCUAACCCAUCGGGCUCCUACAGCCCCUCCUCUGGCCAGUCGGGCCCCAGCCUGGCCCCGAGCUCCAGCACCGGAAACACCGCGGUGUCCAUCUGGAGCCCAGCCAUCUCGCCCCUGCCCGACCCCCUGGCCUCCUCCUCUGCCCCCUGCAUGCAGCGGCCCUCACCUUACCCAAUGAGCUACGGCCAGCCGUCGGCCUACACCCAGGGCUACGCCAGCACCACCUCCUACUUCACCGGCCUGGACUGCAGUGCCUAUCUGUCCCCCAUGCACUCGCAGCUGUCAGGCACUGUGGGCGCCCUGAGCCCCAUCACCGUGCCCUCCAUGGGGGGCUCUCUAAGCCAGUCCCCGGCCUCGCUGUCCUCACAGGGCUACAGCACUGCCUCCUCCCUGGGCUUCACCUCUGUUGACUGCCUGGACUACAAGGACCAGCAGGCCUGGAAACUGGGCUUCACCACAAUGGACUGCCUGGACCACAAGGACCAAAACUCCUGGAAGUUCCAGGUCCUCUAAAGAAAACAAAACAAAACAAAAAAAGCGCGAAAGGGUGGCGUUCAUACGCGUCAACAUGUCAUGUGUGUCAACGAGUCCCGUGCAAGAUAGUGUGAAGCAGUUCAGCCAGAGGACAUGUAAUCUUUGAUUUUCUUGUUUGUAAGUUUUUUGUUUCAUUUUUCUAAAGGUGACGUCUGUAGAAAUGCAUUUUAUUCGACGACUCUGGAGAUGAAGGGACCGGUGGCUGUCGUCAGCUGCCUGACUGCAGACCGUAACUGUUGUCUUCCCCAUGCUUCAUUAAAUAAGAGAACAGAAGCCUUUAAAGCGUUUGUAGGAACAUACUGGAGUCGUACGUAUGGAAAAAACACACACCGAGCCAUUUCCUUCUUUAACGUCACUGUCUGACUCAGACACACACACGCACGCACGCACGCACGCACACACACACACACACACACACACGUAUUCAUUUUGUUUUAAUUUUUGCGUCGUCCUAGAGUGAAACGAGAGAUGCUUUGACAGGAAGGAGCUGUGAAGUCCUGUAGGUCACUUCCUUCCUCCUUCAGGGUUUCAUUACUUUACGCUAUUUAUUAUUAUUGUAUGCUACUUUCAACUAUUUAAUUUGGUUUGCGUUUAGACCUUUUCGAGCGUUUGUGUUGCGUAUUACAGUGUUAGCCCGUAGUGUUCUCAUCCCAAAUCUGUUUUGAUGGAAAAAAAAUUAGACCUUCUGUUUUAGUUGUGUGACAUAUUAAAGUGAUCUAUUCUUUA